AUUAGCAAGUUGAAAAAGGACGGAAAAUCUUUGAGUUAAAGCGUAAACUAAGACAGAAGAUCCCGCCGUGUUUCUGACUUGUUGCUCUGCAGCCGAAAGCGCUCAACAUGUGAGCACUGACUGUAAAUAUUGCAUGGUAUAUGGGCGCGCAGGUCACCAGAUAUUAUUGCCGUGCUCCUCUGUGGGUGUGCUUCAUCUUCCUCUGCAGCAAUACAUCUUUUGGAAAAUAGUAAAUAUUUCUGCUGCCUGAUUAUUUAUCCUUCUUGUGAUUUCUCUAAUCUAAACCACACCUAAAUGGAAUUGUAAAGGUGUUUUAAGAAGUCCAGGUACUGGACCGAUGCUCCAGCUUUACUGUUCUUUUAGGACAAAAGAUCAGUGUCUACAAAGUUGGUUGAUGUAUACAUGACACGGUCACCUUCUUGUUGCAUAGACUAAGUCUUCCAUAAAAGUUUUCUGAUGUAAGAAUAUUCACCCCUAGUACUCCUUGGCAUGACUGUGCAAAAUGUAUGGGUGUAGUGAAGUAAGAUGAGUACGAGGGUAAGGGAAUAAGUCCUGGGGAGAUUUAAACCAGAACCCUCCUCACAACUGAAGACUAAUUUAUGUGGUAAUAGCUCUUAGAGAUCAUUUACUUUCAUAGAAUGAAACUAAGACAUAAUAAUGAGCUUUAAAAAUCUGCUGAAACAUGGAUUGUGUCUCCAAGGCCUUUGAGAGGUCGAGAAUGCCGCGCUCUCCUCGUUCCACGGGAGGAAGUUUAAGAGUUUCCAUCUUGUUUGUAGCAUGCCAUGCACAGGACCACUGAGGUGAGAUUGUGAUGGAGAGACCGACCUCGAAGCUGUCCACCUCGGACAGCUUCCCUCGCUGGGGAGAGGUGCACACGCCUCUAAAUUACACAGAGAAGCUGGUUGGUAGGAAACCAAAGGAAGUUGAAAGUUUUUCACGAUGCACUUGAAAUACAAAUGUGCGAUUUCUGUUGUCAUCCUUCUCCUUACUCAUUCAAAAAGGGCCAGAGUUGUUGAGUGCAUGAAUAAGACUUGUUCUAUCUCUUGAGGUUUCCACCUGAAACUGUGGAUACUUGCAGCUCCUCUAAAGUUACGGUGGCUCCACUGAUUAAUGGCCUCUCGGCCCAGCUUGUGGGCUUAGGCGGAAAGCCGUGUUUAUGCCACUCACCCCAAACGCUAUGUAUUGUGCUUGGUAGCUGGAGGGACUAUCUGUCCCACCAGCUUGAAAACUUAUUGCCUCCAGUCACCAGAGCAGCUGCCAAAUGACCUGUGCGUGUGUUUAAAAAAUGGAGUGUAGUAAUAUCUGAAAAGUGGAGAGAACUCUUUUCAACAGAGCAGGGACAUCCCAAAGGAUAUUAGGCAAGAUUGGCUCCUCGCCUGAGUGAGCUUGCUUCAAAAUAAAUAGCGCAGAAACGGCCAAUCUCAAGAUGGCGGAAUGAAGAAGCUCCGCAGUACAAUCCGAAGGAGCACAGAGACUGGCAUCGCCGUGGAGAUGAGGAACCGGGUGACACGGCAGGGUAGCAAAGACUCCACCGAUGGCAGCACCAACUCCAACAGCUCCGAAGGAACGUUUGUCUUCCCUACCACUCGCCUGGGGCCUGAGAGUCAGUUCAGCGACUUUCUGGAUGGUCUUGGCCCCGCCCAGAUUGUAGGCCGGCAAACACUAGCCACACCCCCCAUGGGGGAUGUCCAUGUAGGCAUGGUAGACAGAGGAGGGCAGCUGGAGGUGGAAGUGAACCAGGCCAGAGGGUUGACCCCAAAACCAGGCUCCAAGAACAUACCAGCAACCUACGUGAAGGUGUAUGUCCUGGAGAACGGCAUGUGCUUGGCCAAGAAGAAAACCAAAGUAGUAAAGAAGACUCUGGAUCCCACCUACCAGCAGGCUUUGUUGUUUGAUGAAAGUCCUCAGGGCAAAGUCCUACAGGUAAUAGUGUGGGGGGAUUACGGACGUAUGGACCACAAGUGCUUCAUGGGAAUGGCUCAGAUCCUUCUGGAGGACCUGGACCUGUCUGCCACCGUCAGCGGCUGGUACAAGCUGUUCCCUACCUCCUCUCUGGCAGACCCCAGCAUCGGACCCCUCACCAGACGCCUCUCCCAGUCUUCCCUGGAGAGCGCCACCAGCCCCACGUGCACCUAGACACCCAGCAGACGUCCCGCAGAGCGCAGACACCGGCACGCGAACUGUACAUACACGACGACUGUACCCGAAGCGCGACGCAGUUAGGCAUACACCAUUCACCAUUCAGCGGCACAUCCCAGGUUACAUUCGCAUUGACGGCCACACAUUCCUCCAUCGUCCAUCACGAAUCACCCGCCUAACCUAAACCCAACGUAGACACGAGCGACGUGAACAUGUAGCGAUCCUCAUUUCACCCCUCGCCAUACCCCGCAUUCCGAUGUCGUCAAACCUCCGUGGCGCAUCUCAUCCCGGGGCCAUCCCGAUCGAUGCCAGUUUCUAAUCUCUCUAUGCCAAACUAAGAAAAAAAACUUUAUUUUUUAAAACCAAAGCAAUUGUUAUUGUUGUUCUUAUUAUUCCUAUAAGUAGUAGGUGAAACUAGUAUACAAUAUAAAAGUAUGGAUAUGUAGCAGAGCCAAUGACUUAGAUGUAAUGCAAAAAAAAAAAAAAAAGAAAAAAAAAGAAGAUAUAUUCUACAUACACACACAGAGAAGCUAAGAGCGGGAUGUCGAACACACAAACCUGGCUCGGAUGUUCACAUAAUGGCUGUUAUGUGAGGUAGCAACACUGCUAUAUUCUAUGAUUUUCACAGGGCAGAGUUUAUACAUGAAUAUCUAAAUAUAUACGAAAUAGAUAGCUAAAUACUUAUUUGUCUUUGUAUAUGUAUCGGCUGCAUUCUGCAUGUUUGCUUGCGAGACAUUUUAGAGUGCUUCAAAGUAUUUUUAUUUAGCUUGCCUUGACCAAUGUAAACAGUGCCGCUGCUUUUAUUUUGUCCCGACGAAAAAGGAGCACCGACUUAAAGCAAGGGACGUGACUGUCAUCGCUGUCUGCAGAAGAAGAAAAUGAAUUAGCCACACACUCGCUGCUGACUUUACAGUCCCUUCCUUCGCCUUUGGUGUGUUUGAACCACUUCUGCAUCGGGUCGGGGAUGAGAGGGAGGGGGUGUUCUCACUUGUUUGGACUGCCACUUCAUUUCCUUUGUUUUGAUGUCCUGAAUUCUUCUUCCUGCUCAAAGAGAUGGGAAGCAUCAGCAGCAGCCCUUUUCUUGCCAUGGCCACUCACUCGUUUGUCCCUCUGAACCUGCUGUAAAUAUGCAAACCUGUAUAUAAUUUCAGAGGACAUUCUUUUUUUUUCUUUUUUUCUUUUUGGACAUUACAAUAGCAUUUUAGGUGCAGCCACAAAUAUUAAAAUAACAUUGAUAAGUAAAUGUAUUUCUUCAGUUCAAUAAGUGAAAGUCAUACAUUGUGUAAACUUUUUUUUUAUCACACUUUUUCCUUCCACUAAACCUUGAAUUAAUAUGCAGCGAGUGUCCUGUGAACAACUGUCAAGUCAGCAGUGUUAACCAAGAUAGAUUAGUCUGUAACAUUAUAUCUCAGAUAUUAAAUUAGGGACAUUAAUAAUACUAAACAUCUUUUUUAAAUGUAUUUUUAAGUAAAAUAAAUGAGUUAUAAUAUUCUCACUUUUAAAUUUAGGAUUUUCAUUAGUUGUAAAGUAUUACAUAAUAUAAUGAAUCAACAGUAUCCAAUAUAUAAUUUUCACUUUUGAAGUGAAUUAAUAAAAAUAAUAAACUUUUUGAUGAUAUUCUAAUUUACUGUCACAAACAUUUACUUUACUAGCACUUACAGUAACCAGCCACGUUCUGGUAGUUGAACUUGUUUCAGGUGCAAUAUGCUACUAACACAACCUUCAGCAUUCCUGUUUUUAUAUUUCCUGUUUGGCAGUAUGUUUAUGUUUUUUGGAUAGCACUUUAUUGUCAAUUUUUUUGUAUUAUUUUUCAAUUUUAAGUCCAGGCGGUGGUGAACCGCCUCUAUUUUUCUGUAUAUAUGAUGACAAUUAUUAUCCGUAAUAUUAUUAUCAAUGUUGUCAUAUAAGUACUGGCGUUUAAAUACUCUGAAGUUCAUAGCACAUUUCCAAAUCUUUGAAUUUCAGCAGAGACGUGAAACCAGAGUGUAUUUUUUUUAUUGAAAUUAUGGAGACGCACUGGAGCAGCUGAGACUGGUUCUGGUUUUAGACUUGCAUCUAAGCACUUAUCUAUAACAUUUAAGUCCAAAAUCGUUUUUUUUUUUUUUGUUCACCUUGGACUCAAUUAAAAAAAAUACAUUACAUAAAAAGUUAAAUUUGUCAGAAAAGGCAUAAACCCUGAAAUUACUUACAUUUUUUUUAUUUUUUUUUAUUUUUGCAAAAAAAUAUUACUUUUCACAGUUUAUACAACACCAUACUAGGAGGCAUGGGCCGGUAUAAAAACAUAAAGGAAAAUCACGUCAUUAAAUGAUUCUGAUUUUCUCACUGCAUAAUUAAUGUAUUGACUUGAAUUCUUGGACCUAACACAACAAAUUUAAGUUAUUUUUACUGGUGCCAUAAUAUUACAUUGACUUCAGUUACUGCUAGUACAUCUGUAAUAAUGUUAUCAGCAACAUUUAUUUCAUGUUAUUUAGAUUCUGAUGAAUAGAUUAACACCAAAAAACUCUGAUUAAACAACCAAUAAGUUUAGUUCUUUCUCUCUCUACUCUUUAUAGACAAAAACAAGAUAUUAGUGGAACAGCCUCCACUAAUUAACGGACAUGCUGGCCGUAGCUUUCCAAAUGUCGUUUUCUACAGCAUUACCCAAAAACAUAAAUUAAAUAUCAAAUUUGUCUUUCCUGUAAAUGUGUAGCAGCCUGUUUCCAGCCAUCUUACCAGCAGUGUGCAGCAAUAGGUGGGAGAGGGGCACAACUACACUACCCUUUGCUCCACAUAGUAACAGAAAACUCGUACUUUGUUUUUGUUUAAAUGUAAGCAUAGAAAGCACAGUGGCUUCAUUUCAGCCAGCUGAUCUGCAGCAUGCCGCAGCACUAGGUGGGGGAGGGGCAGACCUUUGCUACUCUGUGUUCCAUUCAUCUAGAAAAAAACACUGGCAUUCUCUCUGCCAUCUCUUUAGAACGACUGUGUAGACGAUCUGAGGAAUUUUAUUUGUUUUUCUGCGAUUUUUAUUCACUUACUGUUUAAAAACUCGUCAUACUUUGGUACCAGAAAUCGGCCCAUGCCUACCACCUCACGCUACAUUGAACUUUCUGAAUCGAACAGAUUUGGGAAAGAAAAGGGCGAAAUGGGACCUGUCAGCUGUUCUAGUUGAGCGUGCAAUGUUUGAGUUUUCACCAUCAGCAAAGGAGCGGAGGGCCGAAGCAAACCGCCGGGGUUUCUGAGGUUCCUUCACGAUGGCGAACUUUUUAAAGAGUCACUUUAUUGGCUUGUUAUAAUUAAAAGUCAACCUUGUAUAUAGAUGGAUUUCACCUGAGCGUUAAUACUGUUGACCUCUAAGGCCUGUAUGUUGAUAAAUUUCAUUUUGGUUUCGUUGUUGUCUGUCAUCAAAGAGCUUCUUCUUUUUAUUUUUCUCAUCGUCUUUCAUCUUAAAAGGGUCAAAUCUAAUGAGCUGAGUCUUCUCAGUGCCUAUUUUAGCCUCUUUUGAACUUCAGAUACGUUUAUCUCUGAUAUUUUCAGAUCAUAUAGAUGUUUUAACCCUGCUAGUAAUGUACUUACACCCCUAUUUUAGAAGUAGCUUCAAAUCAAGGCUCUAUUUUCAAGCUAUUUCUUGCAACUGGUUAUGCUACCGUUUCUAAGGUAAUCUUAUGGACCUUAUGUUGUUUGUAUGGGAUUUUCCUGGGUAGCUGGCAUGAUGUAUGAAAAGAAUAUGCGAGUAUACUUUCCAUCUGCACACAUGCUUUGAAUAUGUAAAGGAAAACCACACCUAAAAUUGAUCUCUCUCUCUCUUAUUUAUACUUACGAAGGUCACAUUUUUGCAGUAAGUCCAUGAUUUCCGUGUCGAAUUGUGCUACUUUUGCUCUGCCAUGCCAACUGAAUGAAAGUAACUAUGGGUUUUGUAAAUGUCUGUCAAAACAGAAAACAAUGGAUUUCUGCAGCCAAAAGAAAUGGUUAGAAUGUGUCCUUUCUUUAAAGUGCAGCAUCUUUGUGUAAGCUUUAUUGAACAAGUGCAUUCAAUGUACUGCGGGUUGCAUCAUGUGUGGCAGGCCAGUAAGUGAUGCUAUCUGGAUGAUGACCGUUGAAUUGUUAGAAAUCUGAGGAGGAAGGUUCUCCAAACUUUUCACAGCUUUCAUGAUCCAUUUACAAAGGAUUUUAAACGGAUUUUUAAUUUAAAUGUGAAAAGAUGAUGCGAGUAAAAAAAAAAAAAAUGCAGGUUCCAAGCAAUGAAUUCAUUGGAAAAAAGCUAUUCAAAGUAAUUUGACCCUUUUGUGCACAAAAGUAAGUCUAAAUCGAAUGAAAAAAGACUUUUUUAUUUCAGUUUUCUUUUACGUGAAAAAAAAAAGCUAAAUUUGGGGCAAUUACUUUUUUACAGCACUGUACUGUCUUUAAAAAGUGUCAGAAAGCUGAAGCCUAGAGGAGUUUUGUGGAGCUAAAAUCUAGAAGGACCUUUCUGUUUGUUGUCAAGGUAGAGUCAUAGAUCAGGACUGAGUGGGAAACGUGUCGCUCUUGGUCCGUCUUGGUCCUCUAGCUUGAAUCUCACAUUGAUUGUAAAUCCGUGGAUGUUCAGAAUGUCAAAUCCACUUGCUUCACGUGCAUAAUUGUUGUUAUGUUCAUCUUCGCCCGUGUUGAGUACUGCGUUUAAAACGUAUUUUAUUUUUGCAAGGACAGAGAUUUUAUUGAGAGCAGGAGUCGGAAAGGCGAGGUUGGGCAAAACCUGCCUUUAGGUUUUUGCAAAAAAGAAAAAAAAAACAAACAAAACGAGGGCUUGAUCAGUUUACAAUGGCCUUAUUUUGUGUGGGAGACGUUGCUUCGCUAUUGUAGCACACACAACUGAAAGAUUUUUGUAAAAAAAUAAAUAAAUAAAAAAAUGUAUUUUGCUUGAAAUAAUGUAAGUUCUAUAUGUGUAUAGUUUUAUGAAUGUAUUUCUAAUUUGUGCACUUUUUUUGUCAUCCUGUUUGCUAUAAUGUCUAUCUGAAGAACUUCAAAGCUCCCUCUCUUCUACUGUACUGUAUUAUCUACGUCUUAUUAUUUGUAUCACGAGAAAGGAGCAUGAAUUCUGUCUGGCAAAAGGCAUUCUGAUUCAUAUAAGUCGCCACGAUGACUGUUGAGGUGAAAUGACUGCUCCCCUCUGCAUCCUGUCCCUGUAAUCUCCCCACUUUAUCAAACUCAUACUUUUGAAUAAGGUAAUGUUUGCUGCACGGUGUUAAUGACAGUUUUUUUUUUUUUUUGGUCUAAUUUUGCAAGGCACAGUGAAGGGGUUUCCAUUAGGCAACUCACACAUAUGCAAGAGAGUUGUCCAGAUGCUGUACCUUUACGUAGCAUGGCUUCGGCCUUAUGUUUUCCUUGAUACGUCUUCAGGCAAUAACCAUUUAGCUGUAGCCCGUUUCUCAGUUAUCCUGUGGUUACUGUGCCACGACAAAUAAAAUACAUUUCGAGCACUAAAAGUUAAGUAUACUCAACCUAGCAUGCUCUGCAUUGUGAAUACACGUUAGGAAGGCUUUCAUGAAAAACGAGGUUCGUUUUGUCGUUGAGCAAGUACGCAUUCCGUAUACCGCCGCUGACACCUAAUGGCACCACUGGUGAAGAUGUGGGAAAAAAAAUACUUUAAUUAAUUAAUUAAAAUCCUGUUUUAUAGCAGACGCAAAAUGUCACAAUAGCGGUUUUUAAGCUGGUCAGAGCCUCUAGGAACCUUUAGUUAGUAGUCUCUGUUGUCAUGGGGUAUAAAUAUCCCAGGACACUGAGGCCAUUUCGUAGCCAUUUGGCCGAUAGGUUUGAUAAGGAGGGCUGGAGGACUGUAAUGAAGGUAAAACUAUUGCACUUUAGGGCCAUAAAGUGUCCAUAUUAGCUACAAAGUCUUGUCUUUCCCACCAUCACAAUCAUAAACUUAUGUAGUUUGUGUGUUCACACUUGUAUUUUUUCACAGCAACUCAAAUACUACUGAAUAACUAAAUUGCUAUGAGCAAGGAUAAGUGUUUUCAAAAGUACGAUACUUUCUAAAAUACUAUUUUGACUUUGUAAUUAUUUCAUUUUGAGACGGAGCUCUGCCAACUGAAGAUGACUUUCACAUAUUUCACACAUCUUCAGCAGGAGUCCCAUUAUGUGAGGGAGGUGCCUGAGUAGCAACUAUCAACAUGAACAGAACAGGCAUCAACGCUGAGCUUUUCUUUCUUUUCUUUUCUUUUUUUUUGUUUUCUUGCUAGGUUUAAGAGUUUGUGCUGCUGGAUCCUUUUCAUCUGUUGUCUAUAACCCUCAGCUACCACAGCACAAGCUUUACUAGCCACAUUUUAUUUUCUUUUUUUUUUGUCUGUCAGGGUAUUAAAAGGCCCAGGUGUCUCUCAACCCUUCAUCUCGCCAAAAGCACAGAACACAACCUGAACUUACAGCUCCAAGAGUCAAAAUUACACCAGUAUUCAGAUUUAUUUUUUGUUGGAAUCUGUAAUAUUCCUGGCAGAUCUAGAUGUAAAAAAAUAUAAAGACUGAACAACUCUUUUGUGGUUGUCUUCAGUGUUCCCAUCCGAGGAGUGUUGGCAGCGCAACAGGGUCGGAGAAAAACGUACCGGGCCGUGAUGACGUGUAUGAGGGUUUGAGGUUGAGAGGAAUAAAAAGGGAGCUGUAAUUUUAUACCUGUGCUUUGUAAAUGUUUUCUAUGUGCAGUAUUUGAUAAUGUAAAACUGGUAUUUUUGUGGUUUGUACGCUGCAAAAUUGAUUACUUAAGGUGCACGUAGUUUUGUAAUAAAAAGAAAAAAAAAACAAUAGAGCCAAACUGAGGAGGGGGCGGGGUACUGAAAACAUUUUGGGAUUCUGAAGCCUGUAUUUGCAUGCCCUUUGACAUCUGGACGCUGAAAUAAAUAAAGUUCAUUUGAAUCACUA